UUUGCGUGAAGCAGCAGUUUGUCGAUCUAAUUCGAGCUCAUUGAAUUUCCUCGAUUGGUUUGGUUUGCUCGUAAGGGGGAUGCAAUUCGGAAGCGCGACGCUCCGGAGCAGCGCCAUGGCCGCGUUCCUGAGCGCAUCAUCGGCCGUGAACGCGCGAUUCUGCGUCACCGAGGUGUGCGGGGGGCACCAUGGCGGGGUGAGGGCUGUGGCUAUGGCCAUGAGCAGCGUCAGGGUUGCUGCGGCGUCGUCUUCCAGGAGGGCUUGGAGCGAAGCCGGAGCCUCGGUGCGACAGGUCGCCGUGCCCGGGAGAAUCAGGCCCUCGAGUUUUGAGAGUCACGGCCGGAGGUGGCAGAUUGCGCAGGUUAGUCAGCUGGAGGAAGCCGAGGCUAUUGACGAGGACGAGGAUUACAUCCGCAGUGGUGAUGAUAACCGUGUCGCUGUGACGAUUAUUACUGGUUUUCUCGGCUCCGGGAAGACUACGCUGUUGAAUCACAUUCUCACCAUGCAGCACGGAAAACGGAUUGCCGUCAUUGAGAACGAGUAUGGGGAGGUGGAUAUUGAUGGUUCCCUAGUAGCUUCAAAGCAACAAGGAGAUGAAGACAUAAUGAUGCUCAACAAUGGUUGCAUGUGUUGCACUGUUCGUGGGGAUCUUGUGCGGAUGCUGGGUGAACUUCUCAGAAACAAAAAGGGCAUGUUUGACCAUAUUAUUAUUGAGACCACAGGACUCGCAAACCCUGCACCAAUCAUUCAAACGUUCUACCUUGAGGAGGAACUGGCGGAGCGCUUGCGGUUAGAUGGAGUUGUGACUCUUGUAGACGCCAAACAUGCGACUCAGCAUAUAGAGGAAGUGAAACCUGAUGGUGUAGUGAAUGAGGCUGUGGAACAAAUCGCUUAUGCGGAUCGCAUUAUUUUGAACAAGAUCGAUCUUGUUAAAGAAUCUGAGGUGGAGUCGAUGAUGCGGCGAAUAAAGCGCAUCAAUGGGCUAGCUCAAGUGCGCAAGGCGAAGAAGGCUGAGGUGGACCUGGAUUAUGUCCUAGGUGUAGGUGGCUUUGAUCUUGAAAGAGUUGAAGACGAUAUCUUGAAAGGCGUGAAGACCCCGGACCAUGAGCAUACAGAGGCACAUGCACAUGCACAUGAUCAUAGUCACAGUCACGACCAUGACCACGACCAUGACCACGACCACGAACACACGCAUAAGUGUGAGGAGGAUCAUGUUCAUACUGCUGAGUGUGGUCACAACCAUGACCACGACCAUGACCAUGUGCACGAUCCAGGGGUUUCCUCUGUUUCAAUAGUGUGUGAUGGUGCUCUUGAUCUUGACAGGAUAAACAACUGGUUGGAAAGCGUUAUCGAUGAACGCAGUGAGGAAAUAUAUCGGGCAAAGGGUGUUCUAUCAAUUGAUGGUUGGGACGAAAGAUUUGUAUUUCAGGGUGUCCACGCUUUGCUCGAAGGUGCUCCAGAACGGAAUUGGGGUCCUGAUGAGAAACGGGUCAGUAAGAUUGUAUUCAUCGGCAGGAAUCUAGAUGAAACUUCGCUUAGGAAAGGUUUUCAGGAAUGCGUUGUUCAUAAUUAGAAUUCCUUGAUCUUCUUGUGAAGGGAUCUGCUAAACCUGAAUCCCGAGUUUGUUAGAUAAGAAUAUACAUUUAAUAAAUUUAAACAAUCAUUUCUCAAAUUCAA